AGAACAAAGGCUGCGAUGGAAUAGGAAUUUUGGUCAUAUUCACUGCCAUGACUGUGAAGAACGAGACAGAAUAAUUGAUGCUUUAGAGAAUAAUUAAUGUACUCGGCUGCUAGAGCAGUCAAACGGCGUGUGGGCAUCGUGGCUCAGACAGACUACAGUUUCAGCUAUUCACGAGAUUCCGAACCAGAUAUUGAAAUCUCGGUCUUACUGAACGGAGGAUUUCAUCUAAAAUAUUGCUUGAAAUGGAGGGUGAUGCAGAAUACUUUACGCACCCGGACCGGAUGCGAGGUGCUCCUGGGAGGAAACAGAACGCUAUGAUGCAUCUACAGCUGAAGAGCUUCGAGAGCAUGUUACAAACCUUCCUUGAGAAACACGAGACGGGGUCACUCUAUCGCGCCUUCGCCAAGGUUAUUCCUCAUAAUCGUCAUGUGAAUACUUUGGAUGGUUUGAAAGAAUUUACAAAUCGCUGGUUCUCGGAUCUUGAAGAUAGGCAUCUUACCGACAAAUCAACUACGCAACGGAUCGAAGACUUCAACCAGGAUAUCAAAUACCUUAAAGAUAUGAAAACGACAUUUGAUGAACGUAUCUAUUCAGUACUGUUUGAAUUUUAUUACGAGAUGGUGAUGGAGGAGAUUCCGCAAGCUGCCAAACUGGUCGAGAGAGGGCGUCGUGCAAGUAGCGAGGUCAUGGGUUCUAAUCUCCUUGUCAUGUCAAACACCAAAGGCUACGACGCGCUUAAUGAGUCAAUGCCAGUCAGGAAGUUGUACGAUAUUUCCAAAGAUUGCGAGAUGCUAUUUUUAACCAUCCACCAACUGCAACUGAUUGAUGUCCGCUGGGGUAGUCUUCUGAAAUCAGAGGAAGUGGAUGUUGAAUUGUUCGAUCCUGAAUCGAUUCAUGAUGUGAAGCUCUAUCCAAAUCACUAUAGAUUCGGGGAGCUAUUACGACUUAUACCAGAUAUCAUGCAUAAGACACAAAACGCCAUCAAGUUAGCACGAAGCUGGUGGUACCAGGCUGAAAAGAUAAGAAGACGUCUUCGAGGACAGAAGAUCCGUGAAGACACGAGCUCCGAUCCUCCUUUGGAAAGUGAUGGCAUUCACUCAGCUGAAUCUCCAAAGGAGCAUCUGCCUACAGCUGACAUAUUACACGAGGACCGGUCAACCAUACCCUACAGAUCGCCCUCUCCACAAAAGCGUCACAGACUUGAUGAAUAUCACAAUCCCAGCACUGACUACAGAAAUGAAGAAACACUGGAUAAGGAGUUCAAAGAAGAAAAAAGUGAAAGAUACACUGAAAGAAUUCCUUCCGAUGCACAAGAUGAUCCCUUGGUUUCGAGAACACCCCAAGACAUAGAUUUUGAAACUCACCCAACGUUUCCUGCAGUCACCGAAACAGUUGAAAAACGACUCAAAGAACUCACCACUUCUAUUGCUUUGAGACGAAUGGAGUUAGCCUCAGAGACCAACGAACUUGAAUUCUUUAAUCGCAGACAAGAAAGAAUCCGAAAAUUGAGAUCAAACAUGAAGCUUGCAGACAACGCGAUAGAAGCAAUGGAAGACGAACUGAAGAUCUAUACACGAGUAAAAGAGCGACUUAUUCUGCAGUUAGAAGAAGCAGAAGACUACUCAGAAAGAAGACACAUUUCAGAGAAGCUUAAGACUAUUGAUCAGAAAGUAAAUGAUAUUCAAGAGCUCUCAAAAGUUUCAAAAUAUCGUCAAAAACUAAUGAAUAGUGACUUGAAACUCAAGCUAGACCUCAAAGCAACAUUCACCAGGUACCAAAAUGAGGUGGAAGGGCGAGUUGAUCUAUUAUCCUCAUCAGUCCAAGAAGAAGAGGAGAGGAAAGACCAACUAGAACAUGAACUAAUGUUACUUCAUCUGCAGGAUGGCUUAGACAGACAAGAUCACACGAGCUCCAAGGACAAAGGGAUUUUGCACAAGAAUCGCCACCAUAUUGACAAGACAAACAAGGCUCAAGUUAUACCUAGGGCGGCAAAGAAAGCAACUAGGAGUGUCCCCUGGUUAGAAAGCAGCAGGGAAUCUCUCGAAGAUGCUAUUCAAACUGAUUAUGAUCUUGAUACACCGGCAUACAAGGAGUCGUAUUCCCCAGAUCUACUCUAUGAUCAUUUGCGACAACUUGGUACAAGUAGGGAUCAUGAUAGAGCUUCUGAUUACGGGGAUGUUAGUCCGGAUCUCUUGAAACAAAUAAGUCGUAACUCUAUUGAUAGCGGGGUCAAUGGAAUGGGAAACAUGAAUCAUGAUAAAAAGGUCAGACGUCAAGAGGGCAAACGGAAUCAUUUACUCACACAUCAGGUUACUCAAAACAACGGAUAUGCCUCUGAGUUAAACGGUUUCAAAGCCAAGCAAGAAAGAUCAAAACUCAGUCGGAAAACUCCUAUUCCUGAAAUACACUAUCUUCCCCCAAGUUCUAAAGGAAACAGGGAGCACUGGGAAGACCCUGAAAAUGUAUUUUCUGAUGAAUUUGAUUACGACCCACAUGGACACGAUGGGACCGAUGACCAAGAUACAGGUUACCCUGACGAUAACGGCAGCAGACGAAAGGUACACAGAAGACAUCCUCCUGCAACAACGAAAGGCAUGGAUUUACCGACGAGAAAUGUAAAAAGACAUCCUCGAAGGUCACUGGCACAGAAGAACAUCGGUGCUCCAGUGUCUCAUCUGCCACAACUGCGUGAGGAGGACGACCGAUCACCUACAGCUCCAAGGACAGACCGAACACCAAGAAUGUACGAUCCAAAGAGAGAGAGCCAAGAUAGUCUGAUCAACUCCUAUUCGCCGGUUCCGCUCUACAUGCCUCUCGGUGUUCAUCAGAGCAGUAAACUGAACCAUGGUGAAGGUGGGGGAGGAUCUAGGAAUUCUAAAAAGGCACAGGGAUUGGCGCCAAGGAGCAAGAUAGACCAACCAGAUCUUCUGUCACCAUUGUACCAACAAAAUAAAAAACAACAAAGGAGAAAACCACACACAGUUAGCCGUAUCCCAGUCAAAACAAUAUACUGAGUGUAUCCACAUCAAUGUGUGGAUACUAGCUAUUCAGGGAAACACACUUUGAAAUCUAUCAAUCAUUUUUCAAAUUUUAACAAACCAACAUUCCUUUCCAUGAAGCUUCCAUAGCUCCUUAUUUGACUCGAGGUUAUGGAACCUCGAAGAACUCCUGAAACCCUUGAAUCCUGUUCGUUCCUAUUGAUAUCGAAUGAUAAUUUUGCAAAUGAAGUAUCGAAAUAUAUUUCGUAGAUUUUAGGGUGAUUUUCGACAGAACAUUUUCAACUUGCUAAGCUCCACCCCCUUACAUCAGUGGCGGAUCCAGGGGGGCACGUCUGGCCUUGAGAGCCAUGAUAAAACAAACUGAUGUAAAUAUGCACUUCUUAGACAAGUGUGCCCCCCCCCCCCUUGAAGGUGACAGCAUAUAUUUUCAAUGGGAAUAUGUCGUUCAUACACGUGAGGACCUUUUUUUUUGCUUGUCAAAUUUUUCUCGGGGAAAAUGUGCCCCUCCCCCCCUUUGGAAAAUCCUGGAUGCGCCCCUACCUUACAUAAUAAUUCACUUCCCGUAAUUGCUUUAGUGAUAUCAUCUAGUGACCAGAGUCGUCAUAUAUGGUUAGUGUCAUUGUAGUUUUAUAAUAGUCAAUUGUACUUAAAUUUCCACAACUCGGCACAUUGAUUCUCAAAACACAUAUGAACAUAGUAUCGUUGGUUGCUCUUUGUUUGGUGGUGAUGCUACAACGAGUACGACAUUGCACAUAUUUAGGUUAAUUGGACAGCUCUUCAACAGCUACGUACAAUUGUGUUAGCUCACUCACAAUUGGAUGAUACCACUGCAGGAAUGAAAUAUGGAGUUUUCUUUAAGGAAUAGAACUUAGCAGAUUGAAAAAUAUUCUUCCAAAGAUUAUUUGAACAUAUACAAAAUAUAUUUAGAGACUUAUAAACAAAACUCGAUUCUGUACAGCAUUGUGCAUCAAUAGGAAUCGAUUUUAAUUCUAGCCCGAGUUACACCUAAACCGAAUUCUUCCGAAUAAAUUCGGACCGAUUCUAGCCGAAUUCGGCCUAGUUCGGAUGGUUUCGGUAGAUUCGAAUGUUCAAGAACACUUAAAACACUGAAUAAUAUUUUAACCAAUAUUGGGUAGAAAUGGAACAUACAUGUUUGCUGGGUAUUUUCGUUUACCCCAUAUUGGACAAAAUGCAUGUUUUAAGGGUAAAUUUCAAUGCAACAUUGUGUUACUAUAGUAACUGUAGUGACUGUCGGAUAAAACGGGACUUGUCGGAUAAAAUGUCCGACAAGUCUUGUCAUGAAACGCUCCCCAGAAUACUCCCGAAACCACCCGAAUACGAGUAUUCGGAUGGAUUCGCAGCUGAUUCGGUUCCGGUGUAACCCUAGCUUUUGGUUGCAGUAGCCUUUUUCAAACCUUUUUACAUUAUUAGCCAUUGGCUUCAUAUUUCUUGGUAGUCAUUGAAGAGUUAAAAGUGCUCAUUGUUAUUAUCCGAUGUAUAUGUCGCUUUGUAAAUUUUUAAUGAAAAUUUCGUCAUCGGCAUCAGGAAGAUAUUUAACCAGAGAGCAAUCGUGACCACCUACCAUAUCUAUAACCCUAAAAGUGAAUUCAUCGUGUUUCGUGCGAGGUAAUGUGUGUUAAAAGUGUCCUGUGCAUUUAACUAAUAUGAAAUCUGCCAUGCAUUUCACAUAAGUGUAAUCAAUAUUGAAUAUGUUAAUCACUUAGUCACAGCGAAUGAUCACAUGGAGGUUUUUUGCCUCAGUUACACCAUUAACAGACUCCAGUCCGACCAAAAUUAUUACGUUAUUUCUAAAGGUACAUCAUCAGUGAGUUUGGUAUCGGUUUCAACGUUGUGAAUGCUUUCCAUCAGCAAAUUCGUUUUAAUAAUAAUAACAAUAAUAGUUAUCCGCUUUUAUAUAGCGCUUAAUACAUCGCAACGACGUCUCUAAGCGUUUAACAGAUAUAUUAUUACCCGGUCAUCGGAUCCUGACAAGCCCGCAUACAAUGUAUGCACUUUUGUCCACUCCCUGGGGAGCAUUCCAACAGUUCCAAGACUUAAUUGCUAGGCAUACUACAUAGGCUUUCGUAUCCUACCGGGUACCCAUUUAAAACCUGGGUGGAGAGUGGCAAAGAGUGGAUUGACGCCAUGCCAAAGGACGUUAGGCCGUGGUGGGAUUCGAACACACGGCCCUCUGAUUGUAAGGCGAGAGUCAGAACCGCUACCAUGACGCUUCCACCAUUUUACCAUUUACCAUUCUAAAUGAAGAGCAACCAGAUUAAAAUAUGUGUACUACCAGUAGAAUCGACUGAUGGGUUCGAUUCAGACAAAACAAUAAAAUAAUUGACAUAACGUUAUUUUUUUUUUCCUUCAAGAACAAUUGGAAAUAAUGCCAUCAGCUGUCAACAUCUUUCAUCCGUAUAUCAUCGUCAGAGAGUAUAAUAUAAGUGGGUUUGAAUGGGAUGCCCGCCCCAACAAAACGUAAACGUAAAAAGAGAAAAUAAAAUGAGAAUAACAUAUAAAUUUUCAUCGACAUCGGAUUUAAAUUUGUUUUGCUUAUUUUCAUAAAGUUCUCAGCGUUUAUAUUUAUAAGAAGGAACCAAUAAUGUCAACCGCUCACUAUUUCUUUUACUAUGUUAUUAUAUGAAAUAUUUUUUAAAUCCAAAUCUUGACGUGAAAUAAGGUUUGAUUCGCAUGUUGAGCUGCCAAGGUUGCGAACUUUUGUAAUUCAGUGAAGACCUACGUCAUCGUCACAUCUGAAAAUUUGAAUAUUCUAUUUUUCAUUCAUUAGACACAAAAGAAAAUUGUGUGACAUCAUCGAAUCUCUCGUAUUUGCAUGUAUUCACAUGUGUUAUAUAUAUAUAUAUAUACUGUUAUGCGAAAAUAAGUGAAACUUUAAAACUGUCAUAGCUGACUUAUUUCAAAUGUUUUAGAUCCAAUUUUGAUGAAAUUUUCCAUGUUUUGCUUAUUCCAUUAUCGUCUCUUUUUUACGUUUUUUGGGCUCCCCUUUUUUAAUUCAAGAUCCCUAAUGCUUCAAGACGAAGCAUCGUUAUUUCAUAAACCACAGCGGAUGCUCAACACUUGAUAAUGAAUAACUUCAAUGUUGUUUUUAUUUAGCUUUUACUUCCAGCAAUAACGAACGAUACACCAUAUAUUCUUACUGCUUUCUAUACCAAUAUUUUGUAAUACAAGACAAAAAUUAGUUAAACUGGACAUAAAAUAUAUUAUUGAAGGCAUGCAUAUAAAGUUGGUUUAAUUUUCUUUAAUCAAGUGCCUUAAAAUACACCAUUAUCAUCUAAACGAAUUACAGUGUACUAUGGGAAAUAAUUAUGAGGGUUUUUUUCUCACUAUUUUGCAUUGUUUGUUGAAUUUAGUAAAUGCAAUAAAUACAAGACGUGUAUCUUGUUAUAU